AUGGUUGAACAGAUAGAGGCAAAGGACCUCGCCGCUUGUAUCGAGGAGAUGGUGAAGCUGCCCGUUUCAGCUCUCCCGCUGUACUCGCCGGGGAGUUCACGUGCUCCUCCACCCCCGACUCAGGACGGGGAUGGAGACGAGGCAUCCACGGACGAUCGACGUCGUUCCGCCCGCCCCUCCGGUCAGACUCGCGAUUUCGGCGGGGAACAUCGCCAUGACGGGUUGGUAGAAUUGAAUCGGCCCCGAGACCAGCACGAGGGGAAAGAGGUCAUCGAGCUGGCCCGCGCGAGGUCCACGGAGGUCUUCGCCACCUCCAACCUACGCCUGCGGGAGACCACGGUGGCGGGACCCGACGUCGGCCGCGGCUUGAUCAAAUUUCGGGGGUUCGAUGUCCCUCGUUUGCCAGAUGGGGGCGGUGACUUGAGGAACAUGCUCUUCGCAUUCUGUAGGUCAACCCCUCUUCACACGACCCGUGCUAAUCUGUCUGGAGACGUCGGCCCCAUUGCCACGGGUCGCACUCUCCUGAAGGACAACGCGUACGCGGGGGAGUUCCUGCAGGUGACGCACACUCACGCGGCUCCACUCCACGCCCUGCUGGCCCUGUCCGCGUCCUACUACAAGGAAUUACUUCCCCUGGGGGAUGUCCGGCGGAAGGCGGUGGAGAUCGCGGAGCUCCACCACCUCGGGGAGACCGUCAAGGAAGUCCUCGAGUCGAUACGGAGAGGCCACGUCGAUGCGUCCGUGGCUGUGUUGGCGGCCCUGUUGGAUCACCAUGCCAUCCUCAAUCGUUCCCUGCAUCCUCGUUGUUGGACCCGGUAUCUUUAUCCGAUGGUUGAUCCCAGAGGGGCGAAGGUUCAGGCAAAUCUCAUCAUGGCGAGCGACGCCAUUUGGGCCAUGACCUUUCUUCCUUUACGUUCGAAGCACGACUUCACACAGAUUGACUAUCACUGGGUGGGGGGGGAACCCGGGGACGAAGGGAACCGAGUGAACGGCAUCCUGGGGCUGUCGCGGGAAAUGCUUCACUACACGCACUCCGUUCGAGUGCAGGCAAUCACGUACGUCAAUGGGCAGCGGUUCGACGAAUGGCAAGCCGCCGCACUCCAAGGAGGUGUCGAAUCCACCGUCCAGUUCGUCGACGAUAGUGAGGACGAGAUACCGAAACGGGUGGCCAUGGACACCGCGGAAGCGUACCGGUUCGGCGUGUUGACUUACCUGUCGGUACGACUCUACGGGCACACCCCGGGACAUCCGACGGUCCAGACAUGGUGUCGCCGCCUGGUCCGUCAGCUCCUGAAACUGCCAAUCGAAGGCGAAGAGUAUUCGGGAAUUCACCCGGCGUGGUGCUUUGCCGUGGCCGGUGCCUGUGUGGUGGAGGAGGAUGCGUACGCAACAUUGGUCGGGAUGCUAGAGCGCAUUGCCGCCGCGAACAAAUCGAACGUCGACGAGGUCUCCGUCCUCGUCAAGUGGGUACGAGGGUGGCACAGGGAGAAUGCGACGACGCACGGGUGGUGGGAAAAAAUGACACAAGAUCUGGAAGUUCGGACGGAGAGGGUGAUAUGUCUCAGUUGA